CUCCUACCUUUGCAAUAAGUUUAGAUCGUGUAUUUGUUGUACUUGUUCGGAUUCUUCAAAAUAUUCAAUUAGAAUCUUUAAACACACAACUGUCAGUAUAAACGUAUUCAAAUAUCAUACACACACACAUAAGUCGUAGAAAAAACAUAAUAACGUAAAUAAUACACAUAUUUCGACCGAACCUCGUAUAUAACGAAUCAGCGGUUUAGUUCGCCGCACCGACGCGUCUCGCGCUACCGCCACCUAUCUAUUCGAUUUCGAUUUAAUCAUCGACGCUUGCGCGGCGCUACGCGUCGAAAGCGUCAGCCCAGAUGGACGCCAGUACAUUAGCAACUAUGGACAAGGAUGCUUUGAAAAAGCAAAUUGAGAAUAUGAAAUAUCAGGCGGCCAUGGAGCGCUGGCCUUUAUCGAAAUCGAUAGCUGCGAUGCGAGAAUAUGUCGAGGAGAACGAAAAGAACGAUCCUCUGAUCCACGCUCCCGACAAAAAAAAUAAUCCUUGGGCCGAAAAAGGAAAAUGCGUCAUCAUGUAGAAUCAGCACGUGAUCUAUAAUUUCCGUUUAUUUUAUUAUUAUUUUUUUCUUUAAAAUGCGAUUGUUAUGUAGUGUAACCAGUUUAAAAUUUUCGACUUUUUUCAAUUACAUGUAGUGUAUACAGGGUGAUAUUUUUUAAUCUAAUCGUCGGUUGUACAAGGUGAUUGGAAUUAGUUAUGGAGGAUGGAAUUUUUCACCUCAUUUUCUAUCCGAAAUAUCGCGGGAUAUUUGCUCUGGAGGAACAAACGCAAAUUAUACCUAUAUACUGAGUGUUUUUUAGCUUGAUAUUAGCUUUGUUGGCAAAUAUGAUAAUCUAACUUGACCCAGCUGAUACAAGGAAUAUAUUAAUUAAGAUACUCAUAUAUAUAUAUAUGCUAUGUGUGUAAGAGUUCCGUAUUUUUGUUCCUCCUGUAUAUAUAUAAAUUUUUUUUCAAGCAAAAAUCCUCGGUUUUUUCUAAUUAUCUAGUACAAAUUUUAAAAAAAAUUUCGCCCUAUUCAGCUUGUUUGUAGGUGUUAGUGAUAUUCCUCGUAUGAUAUUUGUAAACUAUGGUGAAAAAAGAUCGUUUAUUUCGAACGAAAUUUUCGAAUAAUUCCAAACUGCAUCUAAUUUUACCAUCCAAAAAUAAAUUUUCGAAAAUUUUAACACACAAUAAACGAGCUUUAUAUCGACGGUUUACUUAAUUAUUUUUCAAUUAAAUCGAUUCUUGAUAAAAAAAUAAUAGUAAGUUAACCUCGAUAUUGAGGUAUUUACAGGUUUUUAUAUCCAUGGUAGAAAAAAAAGACAUUGAGCUUUAGUCUAGUCAUCAGUUUGGUCGGAUUUCGAAAGCUAUGCGUGAUAUUUUCAAAAAUUUGACGGGUAUUUGAAAAAAAAACAAGAAUUGACUUCAUAAAUGUUGAUUUAAUUGAAUUUAACGAAAAAAAGUGGAACUAACGUACAAAAAAAGUUGAAAUUAACAAAAAACGAAUAAAACAUCUGCCAAUGGAGAAAAGAACGAUGUUGAAAGGGAAAUAAGAAACACAACAGAAUCAGUUCAAAUAUAAAAUGAGUUUGAACGAAAAGGAAA